UAUUGCGAUUCUUGGAUUCUAUUCGCGAUUAAAUUGCUUCAUUAUUGACAUGAAGAGAUCAUCGUAUCGAUUUGGAGGAGAAGCCAAGGUCGACAGCAUCAACAUGGCCAACAUCCUCAUGCUCUUGUCUCGCGGCGGCGGCGUUGGCGGCGGAGGCGGAGGAGGAGGCGGCGGCGGCGACGAGAGUCGCGUGUUCGAGUGCAAGACGUGCAACCGCCACUUCCCGUCGUUCCAGGCGCUGGGCGGGCACCGCGCGAGCCACAAGAAGCCGCGGAUGGUCUCUGGCGACAACAGCGGCGGCUAUGUGGCGGCGAAGCCGAGGAUUCACGAGUGCUCUGUCUGCGGGCUCGAGUUCGCAGUCGGCCAGGCGCUGGGCGGACACAUGCGGCGCCACCGGGCGUCGUCGUCACAAGCGCAAGGGUCGACGACGUUGUUUUCGCGUGGCCCAGCGCCGGCGGAGCCGGCCAGAGAGGUGGCAGUGGCGGAGCAGGAGGCCAGAAAGGUGGUGUUGGACUUGAACUUCCCGCCCUUGGAGAAUGACGUCGAUCUCAAACUGGGCUUGGGAUUGAAUUUGGAGAGUGCCGAUAAUUAACAAGAUUGCCGUGGUCGAUUAAUUGCUGUUCAUACUGCUCGCUAAUCACCCUAUUGCUUAAUUUCUUUUAUCUACCAGAUUUUUUUUU